AUGAAAUUCAGCAAUUACCAUGGCAGCAGCCUAGGCUGGCGAGAACCGUCGCCAGAGCACACGCGCGGGCGCCGCCGCGCAGCCCCCGGUCCACGUAGCCGCAGCGCGGCUCUGCGACCGGCAGCGCGGCGCGUUGAGCGAAUUUCACGGGACGGACGGCAACACCUCCCCCUUAUCGUCCGCAGCACACCCUUGUGUGCUCCCCGCGCGCCUCGCGUUCCCUGCGCCGCCGCCCCUCGACCGCCUCGCGCGCCUUGCGCUCGUCGUGCUGCUUGCGCUGCUGCUGUGCCCGCCGUGCCGGGGUUCCCCGACGCCGCCAGCAGCCCCCCCCGCGGCGGCGGCGCCGCUAGCCCCACCCGUGGCGGCGCCGCCAACAGUUUCCCCCGCGGCGCCCACCCCGCAAAAAACCGCCGCCACUCAAGGUGUGAUGAGAGGAGGUGGGUGGGGGAGAGACAAGAGGAGAGCGGAGGUUGUGAGAGAAAUGCUGCUGUAGAGGUCCUGCGGCCCGGGGGAACGUUGGUGCUGCGCCUGGCAGUUACCAGUCGGCGGUUAGGCGGCCGAGUAUGGCAGAUGGGCGGCAGCGGCCGUCAGUGGCAGAGCGGGAUAUGGGUGGGAAAUGGGAGGGGAAUGGGGGGGGAGGAGAGGAGAGUGGGGGGGAGUGGGAGGAGAAUUAGGGGAAUGGAGGGGAAUGGGGAAGAAUGGGGGGGAAUGGAGGGGAAUGGGUGGAAUGGGAGGAGAAUGGGGGGGAAUAGGAGGGGAAUGGGGGGGAAUGAGAGACAUCUCUCAUACCUGCCUUCUCCCGCCUUGUCCUGCAACCCCAUAGACACUGAUCUCUCCAUCCCUCCUACGCCCUCACCCGUCCCCCCUCCCUCCUACGCCCUCACCCGUCCCCCCUCCCUCCUACGCCCUCACCCGUCCCCCCUCCCUCCUACGCCCUCGCCCGUCCCCCUUCCCUCCUACGCCCUCACCCGUCCCCUCUCCCUCCUACGCCCUCGCCUGUCCCCCCUCCACCCGCCCCACCCAGUGGUGGCGCGUCUGGUGCAGCACAGGCAGCUGGCGAGGCAUGGGCACUGUCA